AUGGGUGUACCUGACGGUCGUCAGCGCAAAUUAUCGUUGAGUCCAUGCGAUGGAAAAGAACUCUAUUGUGGACUUGGUAGUGGUUUUCUAGAAUGGGGCCAGGGAUUCGUGCGUCAGGUUGAUUUCCCCGAGCGCGCGUGCGGCUCUGUUUGGCCUGAAGAAAUUAAAGUUGACGCAUUUGGUCAGAAGCUUGCUGGAACGGCGCAGAAGUAUUACCACCGGAGGUGGAAACUUGGUGGUCUGAGAUUCAAACCUUGGAGCAUGCAAUUCAAAGGUCGUCAGGCUUUCAACAUCAAGAUGACAUCCGCCCAGAGCACGAAGCUGCUCACUACAGCCUAG